CAAAGCUUCGCAGCAGCAACGUCUCUGGAUUCCUUUUCAUUCGAAAUUCGAUUUUGUCCUCAUAAACAUGUUUAAAAAAAUUAAUAUGUCGUGUUUUAUACCAUCGAAAACAUGGGCAAUGAUUAUGGCAUUGAAAAAUUUGGCUUUAGGAAUAUCCAUUAUCAUUGGAGGAAGCAUUUGGUUGACAAACAAUAAAGUGCUGGACACUUUUAAAACAUAUUUUGCCUUUGGAGUUUUGAUUGGCAUAACUAAUAUUGUAGCUGGAAUUAUUUUAAUAAGUGCCUUAGUCCAGGGCAAAGAAAACAUUGUCCUCCUCUACAUCCUAUUAGAAUUCAUCAUAUUGUUCACUCUAACAAUAUUCACAGCCAUGAACAAUCUUGAUUCGGAAUUUUCCGUUGUCACUCUUUUAGUUUUUCUCUUAUGCCUUAGUCUCUGGAUCGGUCUACACAACGUCUACAGUUUCUACCUGGAAUUGCAAGAGUACAACAACAGUUCAGUGCUGGCCGGUUUAGAUGAGAUUGCUUGCAACACUCAUCCCAAUCCUUUGGUGUCGUUUCCUGAAAAAUCUUUGGAUACUACAACAGUGUAAAAGUGUCUUUAUUGUAAUAUACAAAAUAUAAUAAUAUUUAAUUUGGGAAACCCUAUAAAAAUAUUGUAAUUUUUUUAAGUUAUAAGACCACUAUUAUUGAAAUAAAAUAGAUUCUAUAGAGACACAAUCAGAUAUUUUCUCUAGUAAAAGGAACUAUCUUGCGG